UGGGUAGUGCAGCUCGUGUCUGGUGCAGGUGAGAGCUAGGGACUGGUCUGGGUGAGUGAGAUGUCCAAGUUAAGUGCAACAGGAAUGACUGAAUGGGAAGGUAGGUUAUGAACAUGGGGUGAUAUACUCAAGAUGAGGUAGGUUGAGCCAGGUGCCGAGUAGAGUGGAGUUCGCAGUAGAGUGAGGACAGAGAGAUGGGGAGGCUCUGUGUUAUUGUCAAUAUUGAAGGAUGACCCAGGACGUGUGUUUAUGUGUUUGUGUUUGUGUGUGUGUGUGUGUGUGUCUGUGUGUGGUGAUGCGUGGGUGUGGGUGUGUGUGCGCGCGUGAUGCAGUUAGUGUGUCUGUGUAUGUGCAUUUGUGUGUGUGUCCCUGUGUUUGUGCGUUCGUUUCUGUGCACGCACGCUUCUGCCUGGUGAGCGGUGUUAGAAGGUAGGACAGUUUAAUUGCCCUUGGAGGAUAGGAGUUUGAUACGGAGAGAACUCCUAAGAUUGAAAUUAUAUUAUUAGAAAGUAAGGCUAGUUGUUGUCUGCAGAUUCUUUUAAAUCCAGGCUUGGUAGCAUUUGUCCAGAGAAUAAGGAGGGAGAGAGAGAGAGAGAGAGAGAGAGAGAGAAGGAUGGAGGGAGGGGCUCUCGAAUCGCCCGUAAGGCUUGCUGCUGACCGGUGAGCUUUUGUGUAGGUGCUGCUUCACGCUGCAAAAAGGCGGAGUUGGGUAUUUGUGGCAAAGCAAUAGUGGAAGUAUCUCUUCUGCAUCAACUGUUCGAAUGGCUUGGAAAGAGCAUGACAGGUUGUUAGCUGUGGAAAGGAGGAAAGCACGGAUAGCAUGUGAGUGGGUGUUGUAGGCUCGGAGCUCCAGUCUGAUGUAGGACAGCCAGUUACGUAGGGGACUCGAUGGCUGAUGUACAAACGGACAGCAGAAAGGCGAUAGGGAGCGUACUUGAAGGAAAGAGUGGGAAGAUGAAUGCUCAACACUAGGGUGGGAGUCGUGAGAGAAGAGCUGCAUAGAAAUAGGGAGAGUGAGCGGGAGUAGAUGUCGAUGUAGUAAAUCGAGGCAGUAGAGUGAGGAGCGGAAGCAUUUAGUGUGAGCAGUUGAGCGGGUAGAAACCAUUUUGCCUUCCACUUGUGAUCGGAAGUGCGUGAGAGAGAGAGGGUAGGGAGAGAGAUGGAUGAGAGAAGAGAGCGUUGGGUGAAGGUGUGCGGCGAGGGGGAAAGGUGGUUUUGGAGUUCUAGGCUCUUCAUGAAUAGAUCCCUUUGCGAGCUCGGAGUACGCAGGCUGUGAACAAGUUGCAGAUGGCAGUCCUUGGGACAUCCAUUGAUAUUGGGACGAAACAGAGAAGAUCACCGAGUCCCCUGUGCACACACAGAGGUAAAGGAACUUUGACAGAAUUGAGUUGCGGAGGGCAGAAAAAAAGUGAAAUGAGGGGAAGCUACUGCCCGCCUUGCUGCGGUGGAUUCCACCAUCCAUGUCCUUGGUCAUCUGGUGCAGAGCCAGCUUCUUCUUAUGACUUCGUCGGUGUUCACGGUAAAAGGCAGGCAUGCUCGGUCUUGAAAACUUGAUGCCGAAGAUCUCUCCCAACGCUGGAUGCCAAAGAUCUCUCCUCGAGGGGGAAUGGAUGACGGAGCUGCCGUGGUCGGGAAAUGCUCUGCCGAUCUCAUCGUGUCCUUCAUCCUCCAGUGCAGCAGAACCAGCUUUUUCUUAUGUCUUUUUGGAUGUUCGCGGUCAAGAGCAGGCAUGCAGGGUGCCAAGGAUCUCUCGUCCCCUCACCACCCCUCGAGUGGGAAUGGAUGGCAGAUGGGCUGUGGUUGGAGAAAUGCUACACCCAUCUCAUCAUCAUGCCACUCAACUUACUCGAGUGCUUAGUGAGGUUGUGUUCACGGUAAAGGGCAGGUAUGCUGGGUGUUUGAAACACUCGAUGCCAAGGAUCUCUCCUCCCCCCCAGACCCAUCGAGGGGGUAUGGAUGACGGAGCUGCUGUGGUGUGGGAAAUGCUCCACCCAUCUCAUCAUGCAACGCAACUUACUCAAGUGAUCAGUGCGGUUCAUGCCCCAGUGUUCUCUCCUUCGUUUUCUUCGCGUUUCUUCAGUUUUCUUGUGCGACUUCUUUUAUGUUGGUGUCUUGUGUCGUGUAUUCUUUUGUGAAUCCCUGCCCUGCCUUUGUUAUCCCGAUGUCUGUCUUGCGAUUGCCGUAAUUGGUGUUUUCCCGUACUAUUUGAUGGCGAUGGAUUGUGAUCGUGCACGCACGUUCCUUCUGAGGCUGUUCUAAAUUUGUCAACGUGAUUGGCAAGCACCUCAGUCCUAGUUUUGUUUUUGGUGCGAAGCCACUAUUCAAGCAAAUUGGAAAACAAAAGGAUUGCUGUUCUUCGCUCCUGCAACCAAACAUGCAACGUUAAUUCUUUGGCUUGCAUGUGGGUUGUUGGACAGCUUGCCCAUUUCCGCCCUGCUUGCUUCUGUUCGUGUCUCAAGCCACUGUUGUUGUCUCUCUGCCCACCUUUGUGGGAUCAUUCUGCCACUAGCCUACCCACAGAUGUUCAGUGUACCCCAGUUGUUCCGCAUGCGUCAUUUCUUCUACAGACUACUCCAGUGGUUCCGUGUGCAUCAUUUCUUCUACAGACUUUGUUUGGUCCAGUUACUUCCAUUUCUUCCACGUAUUUUGUUCGGUUCUAUGUAGUCGGAAUGUUUGAGCUACACACAGAGAGAGAGAGAGAGAGAGAGAGUUUCGGGGGGAAGCAGGGACAGAAAAGAAAGGGAGUGUGUACUGGGACGACUUUGAUGGCCGAGAGAGGGGAGAGCGGAUGCACGAAGAGAGAGCGGUUGCAUGCAUUUCUCGAGAGGAGAGAGCGGAUGCAUGCAGUCCUUGAGAGGAGCGAGCGGAUGCACGCAGUCCUUGAGAGGAGAGCGAGGAUGCACGCAGUCCUCGAGAAGAGAUAGCGGAUGCACGGUCCUCUAGAGGAGGGUGUCAUCGGGAAAGCGUGGAUGCACGCAGUCCUCGAGAAGAGAGAGCGGAUGCAUGGUCCUCUAGAGGAGGGUGUCAUCGGGAAAGCGUGGAUGCACGCAGUCCUCGAGAAGAGAGAGCGGAUGCACGGUCCUCGAGAGGAGGGUGUCAUCCGGUGCCAUCACCAUCGCGAUUGUGAAAUACGAGAUUUUCGUCACUGGUAAUAAUCUCAGAGUUCCCAAUGUUUUUCCCUCAUUUUCCGGCAUCAAUGUGAAUUCCUUGUCUAUUGCUCUUAUGUCAGUUUGUCAGUUUGUCAGUUCAAAAGGCGAUGGAGUCUGGAGCGAUGGCAGAGCUGCUUGCUGUGUAAAACCACCAGUACUUGGCCCAGCUAUCGGCUGGAGAAAAUAAUAGAGUAAAAACGUUUCUAGUCG